GGUGCCAAUCGCGACGGCGGCGGCGAGCGACGGCGCUGCCCUCGAUCGGCCGGUCGACAUACUACGGCCCCCACACACACACCACCACACACGCGCGCGCGCGCGCGUGACGGAGCGAACGAUUGGUCGGGCUGGCUGGUUGUACGUGAGUUUUCUCCGUUUCCUCCGCGUUCCCGUUUUCGAGACCAUUCGAGACAGGAGUAGGGGCGCGCUCGCCACUCCGUUCUGCUGACGUGCGCGCGCUCGCGUGCACACGCAUGCAUCGGCGCAGUCGUAUACGACUUUUCGUCGAUCUAGCGACGUUAUUUGCGAAUGCAAUCGAUGAUCGUCGACCUCGUCGCGGAUCUCGUCGCGAUAUUCCCGUGAAGAAAAAGGAAAUAUCGACAUCGAGCCAGCGAUAAAGACGAACAUCAAGCAAGACAACGGGAGUGGUGGAGAAGGAGAGGAAGAGAAGGAGGGGAAAGGGAGAGAGAAAGAUAGUCUGAGAGAGACCAUGCUCGACCAAUCACCGCUUUCUGUGGCUCCGUCGUCGAUGAGGCGGUCGUCGCGCAAUGUAACCUCAGUCGCUUACGUGGAAACAUGCCUGUCGGGCGACGUUGGUAGAAAAUCGAGCGAACGUAGCUUAUAAUAUAUACCAAGCGGACACGGAUAUUUAUUGUACGACUCCACGCGAAGAAACGCGCUAUUCUAUUGCUGUUCUUUCUCUUUCUCUCUCUGUCUCUGCGUGCUUACGUUCACAUUUACGAAUCGUUGGUGCCUUCGUGCGCGCGCGAGAGUAUCCAGUGAGCACAAAAAAGAAUCACGUUGUAAUUCGCGACGAGACAUGCACGCGAGGAAAGACAGAGAGUCACGUUGAUAUCGCUUAUUGUCAAGCAAAGAAGGACAGGGAGCGGAGUACGUGUUCUGCGUGCGAGAAGGAGAAAAAGAGAGGAGAGGCACGCCGAACCGUUCAGUUGGAGAAAGGAGCUGCUCCGUGAAAAUCUCGCGCUCCCCUCCGACACACUACACAAGGUGUUGAAGGCACGUCGCCGCGUGUGUUCGACCGAAUUUCGCGAUCCCGUGAGAGCGAGCGAGACCGACGUGGUGCGAAAGGAAGAGAGAGUGAGAGAGAAAGAGAGAGAGGAGAGGAAAAAAAGAGAGGUAGACGCGUAAGAGAUAUAUAGGCGCAAUCAAAGGCGAUAGACAAGGACAUCGCGGUAGCGAGGAGAAGGACACGGAACGGGCGUGGAAGGGAGAGCAGAAUAAGCGGCGAUCAAGUGGGAGAGAUACGGACUCCGUGGGAGCGAGACGGUAAGCAAGCGAGAGCGAGAGAGAGGGGUCGAGACGGAAUCGUCGGAGCGAGAGAAACGGAUAGCGACUCGGUGGAGAAAGCGUGACAGACAUAUUCCCAAUAGAACGAAAGAGGGGGUCGGGGGACUCACGGGAGUGUUUCCCAGGUGCGAGAGAGACGAAGACAACGAUCGCUUUGGAGAGGGAGCGAGGCGCAUUCAAGUUAGAGUGGGGAUAGAGGCGCAACCCGAGCAGUGCUGCCGUCUAUUGGCAACGUCGCGUCGACUCCCCACCCGGGCCUGUGUCGAGCGAGGUCCGACGAAGAGUUCUUACGACAGUGUGAUUUUCUCUCGUGUAGUCGCACAGUGUCUGCGAGGACAGUUUCGUUCUGAAUACGUUCAAGAUACAUUUUAUCCAUUUGUACUCUUUUUAAACGCACGUCAAGCGGAGAGAGGAGGAAAAAGAAAGAGAAAGAGAGAAAAGGGAGUCGAUUCCCCUCCCGAAAAGAAAAAAAAAACGUACAGUGACAGUUAUCUUUUUAUUCAACGUUUUCGUUAAAAUUCCAGUCCGUACAGACGCAGGCUACGAAUCUUUCCGUUCGCAAGAGAAUCGAGAGAGCCGUAACGUCUCGGUACGCGGCUCUCCCACCACCGUCAUCGAUUUCCCACGCGACGCGCUUACUCGCGCCGCACUGGUGAGGGAAUUCGCGAGGGUGAAGUAGGAUUCCUCGGCAAAGAGCAGACGAGACGUGGCAACGCCGCCCGUGGCAGCGGCGGCGGCGGCGGUGGUAACAGCGAGAACAGCGAGCAGCGGCGGCGGCAUCAGCAACGGGAACGGCCGACGCGAUUUACGGAGCAACGGCAGUAGGCGGCGCUGGUGCUGCGCCCCGACGGCCGUCGAUCGAAGCCCGCGUUAUCGCAAUGGCUUCCGUGAAAGACACAGCGACUUUCUUCGCGGAGGGCACCGCGACGCAGUUUGAACACGUUCUCAAACUUUAUCCGCAGGCGCUGCGCCUCAAGGCCGAUCACAAGUCGAAAAAACCCGAGGAGCUGAUCAAGCUAGACAAUUGGUAUCAGAAUGAGCUUCCGAAGAAGAUCAAGGCACGCGGCAAGGACGCGCAUCUCAAUCACGAGGAGCUGGUGCAGACGAUGAAAUGGAAGCAAAUACGCGGCAAAUUCUACCCACAGCUGUCCUACCUGGUGAAGGUGAACACACCGCGCGCCGUGAUGGCAGAAACAAAGAAGGCGUUCAAAAAGCUCCCAAAUCUCGAGCAAGCGAUCACGGCGCUAUCGAAUCUGAAGGGCGUCGGUACCACGAUGGCAUCGGCUCUGCUCGCCGCGGCGUCGCCGGAGAACGCGCCCUUCAUGGCGGACGAGUGCCUGAUGGCGAUACCAGAGAUUGAGGGUAUCGAUUACACCACUAAGGAAUACUUAAACUUUGUUCAGCACAUUCAGAACACCGUCGCGAGGCUGAACAAACAGGCGUCAAAUGGCAAAACAUGGAGCCCACAUAGAGUCGAACUGGCGUUGUGGACACAUUAUGUGGCGUCCGAGCUGAAGCCGGAACUGCUCGACGGCAUUCCGGGCUCGACAGAGAACGGCAACUCGCACAGUGCCAGCAACGGCGAGGCGACAGAGCCGUCGGAUGACAGUAAUCAAGAAACGGUGGCGAAUGGCAAAGACACGCCGGCGGCACUUGAUCCGGCGGCGAUCGAUGAGAACAGCACGACGACAUCUUUCACCGAGGAUUCGAUGGACAAACCGGCGACACCAAUCACCGCCAGCGAUCAUCCCGUUGUGGGCGCCAGCGAGGACACGAAUGAUUCCCUCAUUACCAACGACAGCAGUAACAACGCGACGCCACGACCUACCGAUAGCGAGGACACCGAAGAGGACUCGCAGGAUGCGCAGGAGCCGCCCACCAAGAAGAGCAAGAAGUGACCCGAUCGGCUCGGUGACGCGACGAGCAACAACGUCAGCACUUUCGUGCCCGCCAGAAGUCUGUCGAUUAUCGCGGCACCACGUCGUCGAUUCUGAAUCAUCAACGGAUGAUGGGACCGACGGACGUACGGACAACGGACGGACGGAUAGGUAGUAUAGAGAUGAAUGCACGGACGGACGGACGGACGCGGAUGGAUGGAUGAAUUACUCUAUUGCGCGAUUGCUUGGACGGCGGAGCACAACCGCUCACUUCAUCCUCUUACUGAAGAAGAGAGAAAAGGAGAGGAAAGAAGAGGAGGAUUCGCAUGACCCCGGAGAUUCGGAUGGAGAUUCUGGGAUCCUCGAAUCCUCGAGUUCUCUCACUUUGUUUUUCUCCUCUUCAAAUCCUUCCCGCAUCUUGCCCACAGUCUCGUUAUAUCUUGUUUCUUUACACUCCUCCCGUUCUGGUAACGAUUUUUACCAAGUGAUCGGACGAGUUCGUAUCCUCGUCUGACGACUGCUGGAUCCUCGCCGUUGUUGUUGUUCGGACAAUCUCGCGCGUUCACACAAUGUCAACAAGAGUUUUGCACCACCUUUUGAUUAUGGAUCUCCUGUAUAAAGUAUGUUGGAGCGGACGAGGAAACGUGAAAGUAUAUAUUCAGUGUUGUUAGAAAUAAAGGAUCUUUCACGAA